AUGUUUCACCUGUACCUGGCUUCACUUCUAUUUUACACUCUUAACUUUCUAAAGUUACUCCGUACUCGACUCUUAUUCUAUUUCUCCUGUCAAUCGCUACAUUUCACAUUUCAUAUUCCUCACACUAUGAUCACCCCCGUUGCACCCACCACUGUCUCCGAAAUCACCAAGCCCACCAUGAACACCACAGUCACUCCCAUCGCCGAGACCGACGGCCCUCUCUUCCCCGCCACUCUCAUUUCUCCCGAGGUGAUCGCCGCCCUGCCACAAGACUACACCAUCCGGCCCCUGCGCCGCUCAGACUACAACCGUGGCUACCUCGAUGUGCUGCGUGUCCUCACAACCGUGGGCGAGAUCACCGAGGAGGCAUGGAACAAGCGGUAUGAGUGGAUCACCUCGCGAAACGACGAGUACUACAUGCUUGUGGUGUGUGAUGGGGAAGACCGGAUCGUCGGCACAGGCAGUCUGAUCGUCGAGCGCAAGUUCAUUCACUCUCUCGGCAUGGUUGGCCACAUUGAAGAUAUUGCCGUUGAGAAGAACCAGCAGGGCAAGAAACUUGGCUUGCGAAUCAUUCAGGCUUUGGAUCAUGUUGCUGCCCAGGUUGGUUGCUACAAGAGCAUUCUUGAUUGCUCUGAAGUCAACGAGGGAUUCUAUGUCAAGUGUGGCUUCAAGCGUGCUGGUCUUGAAAUGGCUCACUACUACUGA